CCACUCCUGAAGGUAACAUGUAAUUCUGAUUUCUAGCUAAAUCUUAUGGUAAUAAUUAAUAAUUAAUGUCAUCAUUUUACAAGCUUGUUUUUGGUUCUUCUCAGACGAAGUGGACCUAGACGGGAAUGUGACAAUAAGGUGGGACUUUAUGAAUGAAUAUAAGUCGUGAUAGUUUUACGGCUAAUGUCACAAUCUUCAACUAUUUGAAGAAGCAAAAAGACAUUGAAGGGCCAUGGGAAUUAGGGUGGACAUGGUACGAAGACGAAAUUCUAUUGAGCACUAUGGGUGCUAAAGUUUCAAAACAAAGUAAUGUUUUGAAAUUUGUAGACUGCUGCCUGCAUAGGGUGACUUUUGUGGACUUACCCCAACAAACUGAUGAUGACCACCGAAAUGUAGCAAACUGUUGCAAGGAUGGUGUCAUUCCUUCAUGGUUUAGAGAAGCCGACCUUGCGAAAAGCUCUUCUUCAUUCCAAAUUACUGUUGGCCAAGUUGGCAUAGAAUUUCAUCCCCCGCCAUUAGACUUGAAGUUGACCACACAAGGAUUGGAAUACGUAUGUGAUUCGUUGACGGAAGUAAUGAAUACUCCGGGUUAUCUAAAUGCGUGGAUGACGACGUGCAAUCUCUACGACCUUAAAAUGUUCCACGAGAAGUUUUGGAUUAGCGACUUAGGCAGAAAGUUGUCUUCCUUCCCGGCCUCCACUGAAGGAUUUGGAGUCUCUCAAGAUAUUAUUCCUUCGUCGUUCGCCAAUUUGAAGACAGCUGAUAUCGUAGAUUUAUCUUACAAUAACCUUACUCUUCAAAGUUCGAUUCCUAAUGGUGAUUGCGACCAAGUUAAUAAUUUUGUUAAAACUCAAUCCUCAAGCCAGCCACAGCCAGACACAACCCUGCAGUAUCAUGAUGGCUUUCCGGAGCUCUCCACCACUAUUCAAGGUGGCACACAGUUCCCCAAAUCUUCCUCAAGCACACCUAGAGGCAAAGCAAAAUGUAGUCCUCUUAACCUCGUUGAUAGCCGUGUCGUGUCUGCAUCGUUUAUCUAUGGUUCUCCUUUGGCUGAAAAGAAGGAGAAGCAGAAGUUAGUAACCUAUGAUCACGCAUCUGAAAGUGAUAACUUCAUUGAAGUCAAGAAAAAAGAGGCUGCAAAUCCAUCAUACUCACUCGCACUAUCACCUUCAUCUAGUGUUAAAACUCAAUUCUUAAGCCAGCCACAACCAGAUAAAAUCCUGCAGUAUCAUGAUGGCUUUCCGGAGCUCUCCACCACUAUUCGAGGUGGCACAGUUCCACAAAUCUUCCUCAAGCACACCUAGAGACAAAACAAAAUUUAGACCUCUUA